UGCCAAAUUAGGGAUCGCGAUGCACUCCUUUACCGUGAUUCUCGCUGGCCGGUGAGCUCCAGUGGAAGAGAAACGUGCAACACAAUCCCAAUCCAUGCACGCUCCUAGUAAUAUAGUCUCGCAACACAGAAUGCCAGUACCUACUAAAUACACCAAUUGUCUCGUGUAUUUAAGAGUCCCUCUUGCCUGGCUGACUGAACAGUCAUGUUUCUUGUUCUGCAAGCCUGGAGUUUACCAGAAAUCAUCCCAUUGAAACAGAACCACCAUGAAGUUCACAACCAUCUUCACCGGCCUAGCUGCCGUUGCUCUUGCCCAAGCUGACCUAGUCGAGCGUUCCGGUACCAGACUCACUCAGACAGAGGCCGCCUCUCGCCUCUCAGCCGGUGGCGUGGGAUGGACGUCGAGCGGUGGCUGCUCAGAUAAGACACGGCCAACCUGCACUUCAUUUGACGGUGUAUACUCCGGCACCGUAGAUGGAGCCAUUACUCUGAAGCGCGCGUGCGCCUGCACAGUGACUAUCACCGGCGGCACAGAGACUGGUCACGCAAGCGGUACCUACAGCCACGCAAAUGGCUACAAGUUUGAUUUCUCCAAGAAUUCAGGACUUAACUCGUACAUCACAAACUCGUUCACGCGCAUCGCAAAUCGUGCCGACGGCUAUCCUCAAUGGCAAGCUGCCUCAGGUAACAUCUACUGUGAUGAGGGGAAUCAUUGGGAUGUUACAUUCUAUUAAGCGUGAUUGUUGUUAGCUGGAGAGCGAGAAAGGUUGGGAGAUUUUAUAACAAGGACAGAGAUCUGGGCUUGGAACUUGAUGCUAUUCACCAUAUAAUGAUCUACCAGGGCUGCAAAAGUCCUUGGCGUCUUGAUCUGGCUCUAUAUG